GACGUGAAUUAAGCAAGCACAAAGCACCGUCCAUUUAGCACGCAGUUUAUAAUUAACAACUAAAUGGUUAUUUCUGGUGGCGAGGCUGAGACUCUAAACUACCCCUUCUGCCCGUUUAGGACAACUCUGCUGAUUUGGCACAGAGCUCCGCAUAACCUGAACGUAGACCAUGUUUCUGCAGUGCAUUUCAUUACAGAAGUCAUGCAUGUAGUGAUGGGAUAAUAUUCCCGCAUUCCUUUAGGUUGUUUUCUUGGAUAAUAGAUAGUGGAUAUUGUCAAGUUUUAGCUUGGAUUUUAUACGAGAUGGAUUUCGAUAUACCGGAGUUACCCGAAGUAUUCAAAGGAGAGGGUGGUACGACCGCUGAAUUCUGCGAAGCUUAUGUGGAUGAAAGCGGGACCUACCACACCAGUUCACACUGCCCCGGACCUGACGCUGUAAGAGAAGCCCUGAACAAUGUCUACUGCUGUGGAACUUCAACCAAUAAAUACUGCUGCAGUGAACCAACUGGAUACUUCUUGGAACAUUUCGACAUCGGCGCUUUUGUCGGCGGCUCCAUCGCCAUCGUCAUCGCUGUCAUCAUCGGGAUCAUCAUCUGUUGCUGCUGUUGCUCAUGUUGCUGCUGGAAACGAAAGGAGACGCGACGACGGAGCAUGAGGGCCAACGGCCCGGGCCAGUCGGCUGUGGCUUACAGUACGUAUCCCGCUAACGGUGUUGCGAGGGCUCGAGGUCCGAGCCUCUUUGGACGUAUUGUACCCUUGUCUCACAUUCCUGUUAUCAGACAUCUACAUGGACCUAGAACAGCGGUGAGUGCCACACCGGUCGUUCGUGAAACCCCUCGAGCAGCCCCACCUACAGCGGUACCCAACUCAUACCCCAGGCAGCAGUAUGCACCCCAGGUGGCCAUGGUCCCCAGCCCCCAGCAAUCACCACACCACCAACCAUCACCGCACCAUCAACCAUCACCUCACCACCUCCCACACCAAGCCCCCGCCGCGGCCACACCCCCUAUGCACCAUCAUCAGCCUUACGCACUACCGCCUAUCUCCACGGCACCGCAAGCCGUCGCCACGGGGUGUGCAACAGGGGGUUACCCGUCCCCCCAGCACAUGGGGUACCCGCCUCAGGGGGUCUCCUACGCCCCUCCGGUGGACCAACCCCCGCCUUACGUUUCGACAGUGCCACCGGCGCAAAUGCAGGCGCCUCCGUUAUUGGACAAGGGUGGGUACCAUUUGCAGGGGGGUACGGGCGGACCCAGUGCACCCCCGGUCUGCCAGGAUCCUCCUCCUCCAGCUACCAACCCCCAUUACCAAGGCAACAUGUGAUAUGUUGAGAGCCAACAUUUUCGCGCCAAACAUUGAAUAAGAUUAUUUUACGUGAAUGCAAUAUUCUUCUCUCUCACGAUGAUCAACUGUUACAGCAAUACGUCAUAAAAACUGAUGCCAUUUCCUCUUUUCAAUAUUUAUUUUGUGAACUCUGAUUGAAAUGGACAUUAUGUAUAGAUUUAAGUCCGAUUGGCUGCUUCUUUAUCUUAUUAAUAAUAAUGAUGUAAACUAUUGAAGUCGUUAAUUUUGCCACACAUGUUGAUGCGCAUAUUUCUAUUAUUGUAACAUGCAUGUACGUGGCUUGGAAAAUAAAAAAUUAACUGUCUUUUGUUUUCACAGAGUCAACAGAUGAAGAAAAGUAACAAUAAAUUAAUGGUAUUUAUUGUAUUUUAGGUAUUCUUAAAGCGUUGAUCGGUUCCGUGAUGAAUUUUGUUUUCAUCUACAGUAGAUGAGAACCUACUAUGUUUCGUGUAUAAUAAUUUGUUCCCCCCCCCCCCCCCCCCCCCCCCCCGUCGUUCAAUCCCUUAACCAUCCAGUCAGAAGCGGCUUGUGGGAUUUGGGAGAGCUGAAAUCUUCCCCAAAAAAUAUAUAAAUAAAUGAAUAAAUAAAUAAAAUAAAAUAAAUAUAUAAAAAUUGUACAUCUAGAAUCGCUUCUGCAUUAAUAUUCUAAGCGAAAUCUUGAAACUCCUAAUGCAAAGAAUAUUUAAUACAAAAGUGAAAUUUCGAGAAAGAGAAGUAAUCUGUUACAUGUAAUUUAUUUACCAAAAUUGUUUUGAGAAUUAUUUUGUUAAACAUUUGAAAUUUUCUUUAAAUUCCAAUGCUUAGGCCUAUGACUUUUAGUAUUAUUUUCUCGUGUUUUGACCGCGUAACUUUAUGCUCGAUACUCUUAGGCUAUAGCCUGUCACCCCCUUUUUUGUUCACGUCGUUAAGUUCAACGACAUGUAUAUUUUGUAGAGUCCAGUAAUUUUGGCAUAACCCGGUCUUCGAGUGCAGUAAAUAUGUAGAUCCGAUUUCUUUUAUUAAUGUUUGGCAAGGAAGGACAAUUUGGAACGGCUUAAUCUUAUCAUAGCCAUGCAACAGGACGAGCAUUCCCCGGAGGUAUGGGGGCGGUAAACGGAUUAAACCGCCCGUAUCAAGUUCAGUGGCCGUGUGAGCAGCCGGUGUAUCGAGAGCAGACGACCGCACCAUAUCACGUGACAACGUCAUCAAAUCACGUGAUGGCAGCGCUUCAGAAAGAGAUUGUAAUUAGAGCUGGACUCCUACGGCGGUGCGUCAAUUAUUUCCUAAUUAAUUUUGAAAGCGAUUUAUACAUGACGCAGGGUGAUUGUAGGUCGGUCAGUUCGUUCGGGAUAUUUGCCAAACUGCAAGACAGGAAUUUAUUGCUUACAACUAUAUAGCCCAACGUUAAAGAUAAAUGCCGAAAGUAUAUACACAAGUUCGCUUGAAAAAGAAAAUUCUAAAGCUGCCUUAUCCAAUCUGGGUUGAAUAAAACAGAAUCAAUAGCAAAUUCUUAAAAAUAGGUUUUCGAGUUAAAAUGGCACUGAUGAAAUCAAUCAAAUAUGACUGUAUAGUUAAACGUUUUGACAAGCUCCUUAUUUAUUUUUUGAGAGUAGUAGUUAUCUUCAUAUUGUAGCCUUGUAGGUAUCUCUUAACGAUGACAAACUACUUUGUUACAAAUAUUGAAACUCUUGAAGUUGUGUUUACCAAUUUAGCAAUCUGUGUUGUAAUGUGAGUAAUGAUGCAGGAAACAAGAUGCUUUCCCAAAAUUAAAGUUGAUAAAGCUAUUAUCAUGUAAUACAAGUUAUACUUUAUUUUUUUUGUAAAAUACGUUGUGUAAAUGAAUAAAAAUAUUAUUGUUAAUUGUUGAAUAUAAGCA